UGCACCCACAGCUCGCAAUGCAUCUGACUGCGUUAAUCUGUUUGUUUUUCAAAGCAGUACAGUAAACGCUGAUGCUCACGUAAGUAAGCAUGCGUGUUUACGUCCUCCUUUAACUAAUCGAUUCUGUCUGCCAUGUGACUGCAUAACCCGCUCACAUGAGCCGCGCCGAGUUGCAUGAUCCGCUUUAAGUUUUUUAAAGUCUGCUGAUACAGCUUGCAGCUGAGACAGGAGUUGCCAUGGCGAGUGGCGGCGAGCAGAAAGUGGUGCUGAUCACCGGCUGCUCCUCUGGGAUCGGACUGCGGAUCGCCGUGCUGCUGGCCAGAGACGAACAGAAGCGUUACCAUGUUAUUGCCACUAUGAGAGACCUGAAAAAGAAGGAUCGGCUGGUGGAAGCAGCGGGUGACACAUACGGAAAGACCUUGACACUGCUGUCUCUGGAUGUGUGCAGUGAUGACUCAGUCAGGCAGUGUAUUGACAAUGUCAAGGACCGCCACAUCGACAUUCUCAUUAAUAAUGCAGGCGUGGGUUUGCUGGGCCCUGUGGAGAGCAUCAGCAUGAAUGACAUGAAAAAAGUGUUUGAGACCAACUUCUUCGGAACUGUACGCAUGAUAAAAGAGGUCAUGCCGGACAUGAAGAAGCGGCGAGCCGGUCACAUUAUUGUCAUGAGCAGCGUAAUGGGCCUGCAGGGUGUGGUAUUCAAUGAUGUCUACACAGCCUCUAAGUUCGCCAUAGAGGGCUUCUGUGAGAGCAUGGCUGUGCAGCUGCUGAAGUUUAAUGUGAAACUAUCACUGAUUGAGCCAGGCCCAGUGCAUACAGAGUUUGAAACGAAGAUGAUGGAAGAGGUGGCCAAGAUGGAAUAUCCUGGAGCUGAUGCAGACACAGUCAGAUACUUCAAGGAUGUGUACAUACCAUCAUCCAUCGAUAUCUUUGAGGCAUUGGGACAAACCCCUGAUGACAUUGCUAAAUGCACCAAGAAAGUGAUUGAAUCCAGCCGACCCCGAUUCCGGAAUCUGACCAACAGCCUCUACACGCCCAUUGUGGCCAUGAAAUACGCGGAUGAGACCGGAGGACUCUCAGUGCACACUUUCUACAACCUGCUCUUUAACUUCGGCUCACUUAUGCACAUUACAAUGAGCAUCCUCAAAUGCCUGACAUGCAGCUGCCUGCGCAGGCGCACCAUUUCUCCUGACUGAAGAGGGCAGCAGUGAGACACUUCCACACACACUUCCAAUUCCCUCAGUUCACAGCAGAGCAGGACACAACUCAGUGCAUCAAACAGAAGAAUACAAACAACACGUAUAUGUAAUGUUAUAAUGCCAGCACCUCUGUUCACCUAAAUAAGUGAGUUACUGUCAAAGCAGACUUUGUUUUAAAGGUUGGUUUAAGUUAUUACCGUGAUUGUGAAUUUUGAAGCAUUUUGCGUUUACAAAAAAGAAACGGUACACCAUAACAGACCAUUUCAAAAGCUAACUGUGAUGCUUAUAAUGGUCAUGAUUGAACUGAAAAAGAAUCACAUAGCUGCCUUUAUUUGUACUAAUGAUUUACAAGUAAAUGUCUGUUUAAUCUUUCCCUGAAUUUUCAGUCAUUUAUGAGACGCUUCGCUGCGACUGAUGGAGUUUUUCAGCUUUCCGUGUUUUCACUGUUAUAUGGUAGGAGGCGCUAUUACACAUCUUCUGAAAGAAUACUGAAUGUCUGGAUCAAAACAUGCCUGGCAGAGACUCGUCUGAGUGUAAACAAGUCUGAAGCUCAAAGGGUAAAGGGACCGACGCAUUGCUGUUGCUGGACGUUUUUUCGAGGACUAACAACUGAGGGAGUCAAAAUAUAACAACACACUUGGGCAGACUGAGGACUGUGAAUUUAGAUAUUGUGAAUAUAGUAAAUUUAGGUAGUGGGACAAACUUGGACUGGGAUUAUCAGCCGAAGGCCUGUAUAGGUACAGAUUGAUGAGUAACAGAGUAACAGUAUGGAUUGCAGUGAGAAAGAUGAGAGGAGAAUAAACGAAUGGGAAAGUGUGGGAAAGGGAAUGAAUGGAUAAAGUUGGAAAAGGAAGAAAAAAAACAUUGGUCCCACUUUAUAUUAGGAGGCUUUAACUACUACACUGUAAAAAAAAAAAAAAAAACACAAUUUGUUGAGUCCGCUUAAAAUAAUUUGUUACCUUGCUGCCUUAAAAUUUUAAGUUCAGUAAACUAAAAUAAGUUUAGUCAACUUGAAACGUUAAGUUGUACUAAGUAACAACUUAGAUAUUUGUGUUUGCUAAACUUAACAGAUGGGUAAGUAACCCAGCUGCCUUAAAAUUUUUAAGUUGUCAUUUAGUAUAAUUUAACAUUUCAAGUUGAAAUGUUUUUUUGAGUUGACUGAACUUAAAAUUUUAAGGCAGCCAGGUUACAAAUUAUUUUAAGUUGACUCAACAAAUUGUUGUGAUGUAUUUUAUUACAGUGUAUGUACUUACAUCAGAAAAUAAGUACAAUGUACUUAUUGUGUUUAUUUUGUAUUGCAAAACACCACUGAGGUGGGAUUCAGAUAAGGUUAAGGACAGAUUUGAUGGUAUAGGUGGGUGUAAUUACAUGCAGAUUUUUUUAAAACAUAAGUACAAUGUAAAACAUGUAUGUACACAAUAAGAGCACUGUAUCAAAUAAUUCAUUUUUACAUAAGUACAUAGCAGUUAAGGCCACUUAUAUAAAGUGGGACCAAAACAUCCAGCAUUGGAAAGUCAGAAAGUUAAGGAAAUGAGAGAAAGAAAAGAACGAAAGAGCAAAGUUGUUGGACCCAAUUAAAUGAACAAAAAUCAGAUUGGAGAAGUGAAAUGUGCAAGGAUUCUAGAAGACAUGAACUUGUUAACUGAAUGUAAUAAAGUCUAAAUGGAAAAGGCUGGAAAACUGGCUAAUGUUGGAAAAGUUAAUGUCCUUAAGGUGUUGCAAGGGGGUGAUCUAUGGGAUUCCCAAUAAUGUUAAUGUAAGGGACCUAGUGGAAAACUUUAAAGUGAGAAAUGGCACAGUGAAAAGUAAGAAGAAUGAUGAAAGGAGUAGAGAAAAAGGAAACAGAAUCUGAUCUAAUUUCCUUUGAGGGAAAAGAUCUACCUAAGGAGGAACUCUGUUUUUAAAAGCCUAUUAAAAUGUUUAUUGUAAAAUGAA